ACUGAUCUGCAUACCCUGUAAUGGGCACAGGGUAAUCUAGGUUAACCUAGAACUAAAAUCUUGUGUAAUUUGAUCAGAUCCUCAAUUAUAUUAAGUAGUCUGUCCACGAGAGAUUAGGGACAGGGUAGCCAGCCUACAGACUUCUUACCAUCAACAAAUCCUUGGCUUUGUGUGCCAUCACUACUGAGAGAUUUCCCUAUACAUUUCUGGUGAUUUUUUUAUGUGGCCAUAUUUCAUUCAUGACCUGUAUAGUAAAUGCUACAAUAAUACAAUAAUCAUUAUAUGUUACCUGAUAGUAUAUUUUACCCAGCCUUGCUUUCUGGUAAGUAUGUCUUGGACAAGUAAGGCUUGUUCCCGAGUCAGAAUGGCCAAUAUAGCAGGCGCCAUCUAAACAGGAUGCUUGCUUUCUGGUGCUUACCUACAAAUCCCCCUGUGACCAUCCGAAUGUGGCCGUUCACCAUUGAAUGUGCCCAGAUCAGCAGUAAAGCAUCUGUGGCCAUGGGGAAGAGCCAGAGUAGUAAAGCCUACCUCUCCAUUGUCUCUCUCACCCUGAACAAAACCAGUCAGGGCCUCUCACCCCAUGUGGAUGAGACCAGGCUGGGCUGAAGAGAGAGCAGAGAGGGGCAGUGCCUGGCUGGCUGUAAGUUAGAUGAUGAUGACUGAAGAGGAGACUACUUCCUGUGAUGUCACCAUGACAGCUGUCCAAGAAGACUCACAUGAGAGGAUCAUGUCCAGACAAGACCAAGAGGAAAAGCUCACUAUUACAAACUGGUACAGUAUGUGUGUGGCUCUCCAGCAACAGGAGCAGGAGCUGAGGCUGUCUGAGGGCUCCUCCAGACCUCCAGGCCAAGCCCAGUCCUUCCUGGCCCAGCAGAGGCAGUCCACCCAGGCCAGGAGCAGGAGAGGCAUGGGGCUCUCUCCCAGGCUACUGCCCAGAUAGGAGGGAGAGACGGCUGGAGAGGUCUCUCUGUGGAGGAUGGUGAAGAUUGACACUGGGUGGACAAGGAACGUUGGAAGAGGAUGUUGAUGGGAGUUUUGUGAAUGUAAAAAAAUACAUAUUGGAUGUUACAAAAAAAAAUUGUUAAUGUGUGCCACCUGCUGGCCAACUGGUGUUGAUUUUCGUUUUUUUGUCCAUCUCAGUUUGAAUCUAAAAGUAAAAGGAAGAAAUAGGACAGUAAAGGACUAUCACUCUGUAAUCUGGUGAUGAAUUAUGUGUGCCCCCUUGAAGCUAAAAUAUGGGCAGAUUGCCAUCAGAUUGCUAUAACUGUACCCCUUUCUUCUGCAAGCCUGCUACAUAUCUCCUGUGGACUGUCUCCAAAUCGGUAGAUUUUUAUCCAUGAAUUUUCACAAUUUUCACAAUGUGUUGCCAAUUCAUUUUGCGCUCCUAAUAAAAUAUUUACGUGA